CGUGGGGUGUCCUGUUUCCAGCUCCGGGCAGGACUAUCGGCUGAUGUUGUUCCUGGAGGAAAGCCCGGCCCUCGUAGGACGAAGCAUUUGGUGAUGGCAGAUACAGUCGGGCCAUCGCUGCAGAGGAAAGGAGACCAUCUAGCCAAUCAAGAUACCUGCCUUGCAGCUGUCAGGGCACUGAGACAGAUCAUACAGACCAGUGGGACGCUACUGAAGGACAACAUUCACAAGCGGCUCCAUGAGGUGGUUCUACCACUGUGUGUGCGCCUGCAGCAGCAGCAGUCUUGCAGCAGCAAUGCAUGUGAAUCUGCAGGGAGCGCGAGUGGGCAGUACAGCAGUGCUCUGACUCGACGAGAACUGUACAGGUUAUUGCUGGCCCUGGUCCUGGUCCCCUCACCCUGUUGGCCCCCACCUCUGACCUGUGCUGUGUCAAUCCUCAGUAACGGGCGCACCGACAGGUAUGCGUGUGGGCCCAAGUGGGAUUCCCGAUGGGCAACCAGCGGCGGUGGUCGGCCACGCAACCAGUACGCUGCUGUAGGUGCCGCAGGUUCUCUUGCUUGA